GGAGAAAGAUCUUGACGAAGUCCUGCAGACACACACAGUGUUUGUCAACGUUUCCAAAGGCCAGGUUGCGAAGAAGGAAGAUCUCGUUAAAGCAUUUGGGACGGAUGACCAGACAGAAAUCUGUAAGAUGAUUUUAUCAAAAGGGGAACUGCAGGUAUCGGACAAAGAACGACAGACACAGCUGGAGCAGAUGUUCAGAGACAUCGCGACUAUUGUGGCUGACAAGUGUGUGAAUCCUGAAACAAAGAGACCAUACACAGUAAUCCUCAUAGAAAGAGCCAUGAAGGAUAUUCACUACUCCGUGAAACCACACAAGAGCACGAAGCAGCAGGCACUGGAAGUGAUCAGGCAGUUAAAGGAGACCAUGCAAAUUGAACGUGCUCACAUGAGGCUGCGAUUUAUUCUUCCGGCAAAGGAAGGGAAGAAACUGAAAGAGAAGCUCAAGCCACUGAUUAAAGUUAUUGAGAAUGAAGACUUCCAUGAACAGCUGGAAAUUGUGUGCCUCAUUGACCCCGGCUGCUUCAGAGAGAUUGAUGAGCUGAUCCGGAGCGAGACAAAAGGGAAAGGAACGCUGGAAGUGCUCAGUCUGAAAGAUGUGGAGGAAGGAGAUGAGAAGCUUGAAUAAUGAAGACCUUCCUGCAGCAGUUCUACUUCAACAACAUCCUACGAAGUGACUGACGUUAGCCACUCUCUUCUGUUAGGCCUUCAUGUUUUUUCCAAUUUCUUGCUGCCAAAUAUUUUCUGACACUAAUCCUUUGGGAUUUUUCCAUGCAGUGUGGGGGUCUUUAAUCAUUUUACACUUGCUUGGUUUACAGAUGUCUUUGCCUGUAAGAACAUUUUGUGUCGGAGUUGCACUAACGAGGAUUGAGUUAAGAUGUGAUACGGAAGCUACUCUAACUUUGGGUUACUUUCAAGGUUGCUGUUCAAGAGCGUUUGAUGGAUGUGGUGCCAAUCAUUUUUACUUUUAAGCUGUCGGUGCUGAGUGAAAGAUUGUGUAGGUCACCGAGGGGUCAGUCUUGGAUGUGAGGAGAGGAACCUUCAGAAAAAGAGAGCUGCAUUUUCACUUCUAAGCA